CGUCUGCGAGCUGCUGCACAAGUGUCACGGAAUGUUGGGCGAGGGCCAGCUUAUUCCCGUGUUUUGUGCUCCCAAGCCCGUUAUUUUGAAGCAAAUGGCAUGCUUUGCCCAAGCCAGCAGGGUCGGCGUAAGCGGGAGACAGGUCUCGUUCAUGAUGAGGCUUUCAUGCUUGGUUUACGUCGGUGGAUGAAGACACUAAAAGCAGGCGAGAUCACCCCGUUAAUCCUCCAGCGCCGUGUUAACGAGCAUGUUUUGCCAUCUCUAAAAUCGUCUAAAACCUGUGUCUCAGAGUCAUGGGCCCGUGGUGUCCUCAUCCAGCUUGGAUAUCGCUCGAAAAGUCACAAAAAGGGUGUUUAUUUUGACGGACAUGAACGAAAGGAUGUCCGUCAGCACCGGCAGCAGUUCUUAAACGAAUUUAACGAUGUUAAACAACUCAGAACAACUUAUGACGGUGUUAACAUGGAGCCGAUUUCACCUGCUUUACAGGGCGAUGAGUGUGAACAUGCCUGGCUAUAUCAAGAUGAGGCACCAUUCCAUGAUAACGACUUCCAAAAUGUGUCAAAGUGGCUAGGCCCAGGAGAGCAGGAGUUGAAGAAGAAAACACGAGGCCGCUUGAUGAUGGUGUCGGGGUAUAUUUGCGAGAAAGUCGGCAACCUUGCGCUUACUGAGGACUUGAUUGCCGAGAACAAGAAGCUUCCUCUGUCGGAACAACUUGUGGUGACAGAUUCUCGUGUUGUUAUCUACCCAACCAACAAGGAGAGCGGAGAUGGGUUCUGGAAUUCUCGUCAGAUGGAGAAUCAACUACGAAAUGCAUUGAAGAUUGCACAUGUCCUCUUUCCAAAUUGCGUGCGACACUGGGUCUUCGACAACUCAUCUUGCCAUAACUGUAUGCCAGAGGGGGCACUCGUAGUUACAGGGAUGAACGUUGGCCCAGGAGGCAAGCAACCCAUAAUGAAUGACACUGUCAUUCCCAUAAGCAACAAGUCUGGACGCGGUGGUCUCCCGCAAAGCUUUCAGUUUCCACUCAAUCUACCCGAUGAUCAUCCACACAAGAAGUUUGAAGGUCAACCAAAAGGAAUGAGGGUAAUUCUCGAGGAGCAUGGAUAUGUGCUUGCAAGACCUGGCACAAAGAAGGGUGGCAUCCCGGGCGACUGCCAAGCAUGCAAGUCCCAUAGGGCUCGGGUCAAAGCGAAGGAAACUAACCGUGAUGAGCUUGAUUCUGCCUCCUCAGAGAUUGAAGAUGGUGAAGCCCAGGAUAUUCGACCAGUUGACUGCUGCAUGCGACGGCUAUUAUCCAUGGAAGAGGAUUUUUGUGCACAGAAGUCAUCGUUGGAAUUGAUCAUUGCCGAAAGUGGUGGCAACGACAUCUGUCACUUCUUGCCCAAGUUCCAUCCGGAAAUCAACCCAAAAGAGUAUUAUUGGGGAUGGUGCAAGCGAUACUUCCGCGAACGCUCGAAUGGCAACUUCGCCCACGCCAAAAAGCUCCUUCUUGAAGCUUUGAAUUCCUGCCCUCUCAUAACCAUUCGUAGAUUCUUCCGCCGGGUUGAGCGCUACAUGGACGUCUAUUCUCUUGGAGCCACCGGCAUGGCUGCAGAAUAUGCAGUGAAGAAAUACAAAUCUCACCGAGGGGUUUCUCAGCGG